AUGGGCAAUUCUAACGAGGAGGACGCCGCCCCGCCGGAGUAUGAGCUCAAAGGCAACACCCAGGAGUAUGUGGAAGAGAUUGUGCUGGCACGCUUGACAGAGGAGGACCUGUGGACACUAUCGCAGGAAUCACUGAGAGUCUGGUCAAAGACCGGGUUUCGUCUUUUUCUUAUCAUGUUUGUGCAAGGCUGCAACCAGGCCGGCUUCGGAGUUGACUGGGGAGUCAUUGGCGGUAUCAACACUUUACCCGCCUGGCAUGCCUACCUUCACUUUGGCACCGCCGGUUCCACGUAUGGCUUGAUGAAUGCGCUGAUGAGCAUCGGCACCGUGUGCGGAGCGCCGUUCAUGGCCCUAGCCGAUAUUGUUGGUCGUCGUGGCAUUAACUUCGCUGGCAACUUUAUCGUCAUUAUUGCAGCCAUUCUGCAAGGCUGUGCUAUCAACAUGCCUAUGUUUAUGGCCGGUCGAUUCUUUAUGGGCUUUGGUACGGCCCUGAUGUCCAGCUCUCAGUACAUCGGUGAAAUAUCUCCCAUCCAUCUCCGUGGACUCAUGGUCGGUUUCUUCGGUGCUUGCUUCCAGGUUGGCAGCCUGGUUAUGCUCGGUGCUAUGGUUGGCCUCUCCAAUCUUGCUGGAAAUGCAUCCUGGCGCACCCCCUUACUUCUAGAGAUUCUAUUCCCCGGCAUUGUCUGCACGACCAUCUACUUUUUGACGCCUGAGUCGCCCCGUUUCUAUGUCAUGCGUGGCAAUCGCGAGAAAGCAAAGGAGGUGAUAGCCAAGUAUCAUACGACAAGCGGUGAUAUCAACCAGCCGAUUGUUGAAAUUGUCGUGACUCAGAUAGAGGAGUCUCUGCAGAACAACGCCUCUGAAUUCAAGGCAGUCUGGGACUUUCGUGUCUUUUUCACCAAGGUUGCUGGCUAUCGAUUACUGUGUCUUACACUGUACUCAUUCUUCCAGCAAUGGAACGGAGGGAGCAUCAUCACAUAUUAUAUGGUUGAUGCGUUGAAAACAGUUGGUAUAACUGGCACCAAGCAACAACUGGGAGUCAGCAUUGGCACCACCGCAGUUUACUUCGUUUUCACCGCUGUCGGAUCACUGAUCGUUGACAAGUUCCGCAGACGCACACUCAUCUUCGGGGGUCUCAUCUCCAUGGUCAUAUUCCAGGUGGCCACGACGAUCACGUCUUGGCAGUACAGUCUGAACCCAACCAAUGCCGCCGCAGGUCUGACUCUCCUCUGGAUAUUCCUGUACCAGACAUUCUCGGCAACGCUCGUCGCAACAAUGCACAAUCUAUACCCUAUCGAAAUCCUGUCCCUUUCUCUUCGCGCCAAGGGCAUGGGUCUCUACAGUCUUAUCCAAGGAGGUGCUGGUGCUGCCCAGACAUAUGGGAUUAGUGUCGGAAUUAGCAAGGUCGGCUACAAGAUCUGGGUUGUUUACAUUGUGUACAACACGAUUCAGCUCGGCCUGUCGUAUCUCUUUUUCCCUGAAACCAGUGGUCUGACCCUGGAAGAGAUCGAUACUGUUUUUGAGACACCUGGUGUUCGGCCUGUCAAAAUGUCGCUAGAUAUCCAAAAGGCUAAGAAGGAAAGGAGAGCGGCUCGGGAUGAGGAGGGUCGGCACACACAGUGA